CUCCUGCCCUCGCUGCCCCUCCAUGUGCCCAGGCGCCGGCGCUCCGCCUCGGGCCGCCGCUCACCCCAGGGUCUAUGGAAGUGAUGGAAGGACCCCUCAACCUUGCUCACCAACAGAGCCGACGAGCAGACCGUUUGUUAGCUGCUGGGAAAUACGAAGAGGCCAUUUCUUGUCACAAAAAGGCUACAGCUUAUCUCUCUGAAGCCAUGAAGUUGACACAGUCUGAGCAGGAUCACUUAUUACUGGAACUGCAACGGGACAGCCACAUGAAACAGCUUCUCCUCAUCCAGGAGAGGUGGAAGAGAGCAAAGCGGGAGGAGCGCUUGAAAGCGCAGCACAGCACAGACAGGGACGGAACUCCCCACCUGCAGGCAUCUCACAAGCCCUCUGAGGAGGAGGGCCAGAACCCUCUUCUUCCUCAGACACACAUCCCUUCCGCAGAGAAGCGCCUCCCUGAGCUUCAGGGGGUCCUUGACAGGGAUCCAGACACACUGCUGUAUUUACUUCAGCAAAAGAAUGAGCCAACAGAACCGUGUAUUGGAAGCAAAGCCCCAAAAGAUGAUAAAACAAUUAUAGAGGAGCAGGCAACCAAAAUUGCAGAUUUGAAGAGGCAUGUGGAAUUUCUUGUGGCUGAAAAUGAAAGAUUAAGGAAAGAAAAUAAACAACUAAAGGCUGAGAAGGCCAGACUUCUGAAAGGUCCGACAGAGAAGGAGCUGGACGUUGAUGCUGACUUUGUAGAGAAGUCAGAGCUGUGGAGCUUGCCACCACACUCGGAAACUGCCACAGCCUCUUCAACCUGGCAGAAGUUUGCCUCCAACACUGGGAAAGCCAAGGACAUUCCAAUCCCUAAUCUUCCUCCUCUGGAUUUCCCAUCUCCAGAACUUCCUCUUAUGGAGCUCUCUGAGGACAUUCUGAAAGGAUUCAUGAAUGAUUAAAAUGGGAAGCCAUUGGAGAGGCUGGUGACACAGAUAAUCCAGAAAAGAAUACAUAGGGAAAGAAAGUCAUGCCCCAGGGAAUCCCAGAAAUGCUCCUUCAUCUGGUAUACUGUGGGAGGAGAGGCGGUGCCAGGACCUGGGAAAGUCACUGUGAAACAUCACUUAUCUUAUGACUAAAGCUCAUGUUUCCGACUGGGCAGACACUGAACUCUUGGAUGGAGGUUCGCUUUCUUAUGAUACAAACCAAAUGGCUACCUGGAAUAAUUUUUCAAACAGUUAUUUUUCUUAUCUUCAGGGUUAAAUGUAUAAAAGUAUGUCA